AUGGGGAAGAUCACCUUCUACGAGGACCGGGGCUUCCAGGGCCGCCACCACGAGUGCCUCAGCGACUGCCCCAACCUGCAGCCCUACCUGGGCCGCUGCAACUCCAUCCGCGUGGACAGCGGCUGCUGGAUGCUCUACGAGCGCCCCAACUACCAGGGCCCCCAGUGCUUCCUGCGGCGCGGCGAGUACCCCGACCACCAGCCGUGGAUGGGCCUCGGCGACACCGUCCGCUCCUGCCGCUCGAUUCCUUACACCAGCUCCCACCGGAUACGGCUGUACGAGAGGGAUGACUACCACGGCCUGGUGUCCGAGCUCACCGAGGACUGCUCCUGCAUCCAGGACCGCUUCCGAAUCCAUGAAAUCCACUCCCUGCAUGUGCUGGAGGGCUGCUGGAUUCUCUACGAGCUGCCCAACUACCGGGGCCGGCAGUACCUGCUGAGGCCGGGGGACUACAGGCGCCACCACGACUGGGGGGGUGUGGACGCCCGGGUGGGCUCCCUGAGACGGGCCGUCGAUUUGUACUAA